AUGCCGUCCUCAGUCACGCCUGAGGCCCGUUCCUGGCAGCCGCUUACAGGUGCAAGGAAAAGGCAGACUGAUCCUGCAAGAUCCAUGAGAUGCAAGGCCCUGGCUCUGCUCGCGGCCCUUCCGGUGCUGGCAAUCGCCCAGGCCAACGACGCUUGCAUCUCCUUGAAGGACUCUAGGGCUUGCACGGCCUUUCAGUCUGCCUCCGUGUCCAAGAACGGUGCCCUAAUACAGACCUAUCCCUUUUUGCAAUUCGUCUCCGAUAGCGCGUCCUUCGACUAUCAGUUGACAGAUUACGUCAAAACAUCUUAUGUGAAAGACAAAUACCAGAAUGUCUUCGGCUGCGGCGGCAUAAACUUUACCAAUCCCGGCAAUAUGUACGCACGAUACACGACCACGGUGCUGUGCAAUUCUCUCGUCCAGCGUUCCGUCAGCGACUGCAAGUUGUCGCAGCAAGACUCGCGACCCGUGUGCGCCGACACGUGCGCUGAAUUCGCCCAGAGCGAGGCCUUUGUCUCGGCAGACGAGGACCUCUGCACCAGUCCCAAUUCAGACCUGAACAAGCUGAUCAGGGCCGACUUUACCACGUGCUCUCUGCCCGACGGCGCCCUCUCGGGUCGGUGCGUCUCCGGCUCCGACAACGAGCCCGAAAACUGCGGCUUUGGUAAUAGCACCGUCGGUCUCUGCUCGUACUGCGCGGCCGGCGGCAUCAACUCGACCGACACGUGCUGCUACGGCGCCAAUGCAGAAAAGCGCUGCCGAGGCGUCCACCUGCCCUCUAUCACCCCGACCCUGACGUUUAGCACGCCGACGGCAACCUCUUCGCCGACGGACACGUCAGGGGCCAACACCAGCGGCACCGGCGGCGGCCGCGGCCUGAGCGGCGGUGCAAUCGCCGGCAUCGUCAUCGGAGCUCUUGCUGGCCUGGCCAUAUUGGCCUUUCUCCUCUUUCUCUGCAUCAGGAUCAUGAGGCGGAGGGAUGGGAGUCAAAAGGGAAGCAUCUUCAACCAGCCGUCUCCGGCUAGGAGAGGACCGGCCGUGUCACAAGCGAAGCCGACGCCCGAGGGCUACGAGGUGCUUCCCGGGGGGCGCGUUGCACGCAUGUCGGCCUUGGAGGGGCACUCUGGCGGCGCGUCGCCCGCGGUCGCCGGCCCGCAGUCCGGGCCACGCGGCAUACUUCGACCGCCGGCUGCCUCGCGAAGGAAGGGCUCCCUGUCGAGCGGGUCUCUGCUCGAGGGCCAUCAAUCACCCAGCAGCGGUGCCGAACACUCGUCACCCAUUGGCAUGGCCAGCCAAAACUCGGAGCAGUUGCCCUUUUUCAAGGACUACUACUCUCAAGACGACAUUCACCCCGGGGACAAGGUGGCUGUUCUGUGGGCCUACCAGCCUCGGGCCGUUGACGAGUUUGCUCUGGAGCGCGGAGACAUGCUCAAGGUGGCGGGCAUCUGGGACGACGGCUGGGCGACGGGCGUCAUGGUGGACGAGCGAGCGGAAGAGUGGGAUGCCAGGCGACAGGCGCAACGCGACAGCGGCGUCUCUAAUGCGACGGAGCCGCGCGGCAACUCGCCGAUAUCCACGCAGCGGGAGAUGAAGGCGUUUCCGCUCGUCUGCGUCUGCCUUCCAGAGCAUUGGAGGAAAACGAUUGAGGGCGAUGUCUCGACGGACUCGGCGCCCGCUGGUGCCGGAAGAGCCCCCGCGGACGGACACUGA